AUAUCUCUUUAAUUUAAAAAACAAUUUACAAGCAAAAAUUUAAACAAAAAGAAAUUCACAUUGAACUUUAAUAGAAUAAUGAAGACCUAUAUACCAUAAGAGCAGAAGCAGCCCAUACAGUUAGAUAUUCUAUAAAGUCAGUUGUACACCAAACCUUUAAAUGAAUAAAAUUAAGACUUCUUCAACUAGUUUAUUAAAUUGUACUUGCAAAUUUAAGAACUUUAGAGUCUCAAUCAAAUAAAAAGCAUUCCAACAUGCUACCAGGACAAGCAAGAUGAGGAGAAAAAAUAAGAAGAAAAGAAUAUUUCAGUUAAAACAGAAGUAAAUAAUAUAAUCAUAUAAAAUAACAGCCAAAUCAAAAAGGAGUAUGAAGAAUGCAACUCCAAUGAAUAGACUAAUAUAUCCUUUGAACCUUUCACCUUGCCUACACAGGACUCAACUUAAACAUAUUUUAAUAAUAAUCAUAAUAAUAAUAAUAAAAACAUUAAUAAUACAACUUUAAUACAAAACAAUACAAAAUUGCUCAUAAAAGAUGGAGUCAAAACUGACAUCAAAGCAUUUCCAGCUAUAAAUUAUUCAGGUUUUACUUUCCCUCCAUCAAUAAUGUCUUCAAACAGUUCUUUUACAUUGCAAAAUAGUAAAAUUCAAGCUCUUUAAAAGCUUAAAAAUAACACAGCUAAUAAAGAUAAUUGCAUAAAUUAUCUUUCUUCUCUAACUUCCUUAAGAGAUAAUAAUAGAUUAUAAAUAAAUGGUAAAAUAUUAGGUGAUAAUACAAUAUUCGCUCAUUAGCAAUUCUAAAACAUAGAAUAGCAGUAACAACUAUAAAAAUAAUCUAGCUUUUAAUAAAACCCUUUCAAUAUUUUGAUUAAGUAAGAAAUUAAAUAAGAAUAAAUUUAAAAUGGAUCCUUUUUACUAUCAUCAAACUAAAGUAUAAAAUAAGAGUAAGAGUGUGAAAACACUGAAAGUAAUAUGUAAGAAGAAAAAUAAGAAGAAAAAAAGAAUGAUCCCAAAGAAACUCACAAUAUCAUUUAGCAAGUUAUUCCUUUGUUUAUUGAUCGCUUUCAAGCUCGCUGCAAAGAUAUUCCCUUAAAGGACUCUUUCAAGCAGCUUCUUGCAAAAAGAUCCUCUACAAAAAGUCUUUAAUAUUUCAAUGAAAUAUGUAAAGUAAUUUAACAAGAAACCUUGCAUAACAAUCUACCUUUAAUGGAGAUAGCAUACUAAAUAUUUGAGUAUGACCUUGCUCAAUGGGCAAGGAAUAGUAAAAAUAUUGAAACAGCUUGUCUCUAUUUUAAAUAUUAAAGUGCAUUUAUUCUUAUUCUUAAAAAUCCUUGUAAAUUCAGUUCUAUUAAAGUUGCGCGCAAAGCUCACUCUUAAAAAAUGGAAAAAUUUUUAGGGAAACGUUGA